CGCGGAGCCGGAGGGGAGCGGCGCGCGCCCGCCCUGCGCAUGCGCGGUGUGGCCGCUGGCCCCGCGGAGUCCGGCUUCGCGGCGUGCGGCGCUUGCGGAUCCGCCCGCCCCGUAUGGCGGCCCCGGGGACGCCGGGGGAUCCGGUUCUGAAAGAUGUAGUGGCUUAUGUUGAGGUGUGGUCAGCCAAUGGAACAGAAAAUUAUUCAAAGACAUUUACAAACCAACUUGCAGAUAUGGGGGCAAAGGUUUCAAAAACUUUUAACAAGCGAGUGACUCAUGUGGUGUUUAAAGACGGGUACCAGAGCACCUGGGACAAAGCACGGAAGAGAGGCGUAAAGCUAGUUUCAGUGCUCUGGGUUGAAAAAUGCAGGACGGCUGGAAGGCAUGUCGACGAGUCUCUGUUCCCUGCCGCCAACACUCAGGAGCACUUACCAUGCCUGAUUAAAAAGAAACAUAAGUGUAUGCAGCCCAAAGAUUUUGUUCCUAAAACACCAGAAAAUAGUAAGAGACUUCAAAAGAAAUUUGAGAAAAUGGCUAAAGAGCUACAAAUGCAAAAAACGACACCCACCAUUAAAAUGUACUGUGGUCAUCACAGUGCAAUGGAGAAGAGAUUACAGAAGAUGAAGGAGAGGAGGGAAAACCUCUCCCCUACCUCUUCCCAAAUGAUUGAAAAGUCUUAUGAUAAUCCAGUUAACUCUUCGUGUGAAGUAUCUUUGAAUGUUUCACAUGAUACUUCAUGUUCAGAUAUAUCCUUUGCUGGUGAUCUGCACUUAUCUUUUGAUGAUCUUGGUGGACACUCAGAAUGUGGGAAUCAGGAGAGGAAAUCGGGAGGAUUCGUUGAUGGAAUUAAAAGUGAUAUGUGCGUUUCUUCACCUGUAUUGACAACAAGCAAUACUCAUCCAUCAGCAUCUCCCAGGUGCCUCAGUCAGUUAACUCCUCAGAAAUCUAUGCACCAGCUUUCAGAGGAAGAGAUCAAUUGGCUGCGAGGUCCUGUAGGCGGAGUGGCCACCCCUGAGAAGAAGCGAUCUGAGGCAGCAGCUGAAGAGAUGGGUGAUGAGGCGAGUUUGUCUCCCAUGUUAUCUGCAACAACAGGCCACUGCUCGGGACAUUUGCAGCCCAGGAGUUCCUCAGCAAAGAGAAGAAGAACGUCAGAGCACUUCCAUCCCCCUGCGAAAGAGAGACGCAAGGAAAAGAGCAGCAGGAGGUCGGCUGUGCCCAGACUGCAGCUGUUUCAGCCGGAGCGCGGCCUGCAGCUCGGCAGCAGUGCUGCUGUGCAGAGUCUGGACUGGGACGGGUCCUCCUAUGACGAUUAUUUCUCACCCGACAAUCUCAAGGAAAGGAAUUCAGAGAGUCUUCUUCCUGGGUGCCAGUUGUCCCCAAGCCCUGCCCAGGUCCGCUGCAGAGUUGGUCUUUCUAAGAGGGAGAGAGCAAACAUCUUGAAAAUGUCUGAUUUUUCUUGCAUUGGAAAGAACCUCAGAUCAGUUGAUGUGACCAAUUUCACAGCAGAAACCAGCUCCAGUCUUCAGAAACCGAGAGAUGGUGAAGCAAAUGCAGCUUUGGGUUGUAUGACUGCUGAGCAGCCAUCUGCUGCCGAAGAAACUGCGGGGCGCAGUCCACACGCUGACACUCAGAAAGGGGGAGAUGUGUGUCCUGAAGGGGGGAGCUUGCCUCACAUCAUCAGGGAACUCACGCGUCAGGAGGGACGUCACGAGGAUUUAACGCCCUUAGAUGGAAGCAGUAAAGCAACGAAAGGAUUGGUUGGCGUAAAAAGCGAGCAGAAAGAAGAUACCACUUCUAGAACGUUGAGUCCCUCUGAAGGUGAAUCUCAGUGAUUAUAACCUAGUUUUGUAGGUGAUUAUAAAGUGGAAAACUCGGCAGAGGAAAGGAAGACUUAGGUGAAGGGUAUAUCGGGCAAUGUUAAAAAUGGACCAGCCCGGCUUGGUGGCGUAGAAGGCGCGCGGGAAGGCUGGAGGGACCUCAACGGACCUCAUGAGGAAUCAAAGAGAAGAGGCCAAGGCCAAAAGCCAACAAGAACAUUAGUCAUGACGAGCAUGCCAACUGAAAAGCAGGACAUCGUCAUCCGGGUUGUGGACAAACUGAAAGGCUUCUCACUGGCCCCUGACGUGUGCGACACCACCACUCACGUGCUGGCCGGGAAGCCCGCGCGCACGCUGAAGGUGCUGCUGGGCGUCGCGCGCGGCUGCUGGGUCCUGUCCUACGAGUGGGUACUGUGGUCUUUGGAAAUGGGUCACUGGAUUUCCGAGGAACCGUUUGAACUUUCUGACUCCUUCCCUGCAGCUCCUCUCUGCCGCCUGGAGCGCCGUUUGUCCGCGGGGCAGUACCAGGGCACCCUGUUUGCCGACCAGCCCAUGAUGUUCAUCUCCCGGGCCAGCGAGCCCCCCAGAGCCAAGCUGUGUGAGCUGGUCCGCCUGUGCGGGGGUCGGGUGGCGCACGUCCCUCGCCAGGCCAGCAUCUUCAUUGGGCCCUUCCAAGGAAAGAAGAAGGCGACACUCAAGUACCUGUCGGAAAGGUGGAUAUUAGACUCAGUCACUCAGCACAAGGUCUGUGCCUCUGAAAACUACCUGUUACUGCAGUGAUGGAGAUACCACUCAACAAACGCAUGGCUGCUGCAAACAGCUCGCAGAGUUGCCUUUGAGUAUUCAAAUAACAGACAAACUUGGGAAGAGAAGGA